UGCAACAGAAAAUUGAUGAUCUAAAUGUACAUAUGUACCAAGAUAAUUUCGUAGUUUCGUUUCUUGAGGUCGCACCAGUCUCCCUCUGUAUCCUGUCUUCAUAUCAUGAAAAUCUUCCUUGGUACUGCACUUUAUUGUUGGUUGGGGUUUAGCGAGGCCAAGCCAAAACAACCCUCGGCAGCAUUCAAGUGGAAUAAUGUGAACUUUUUACUUGCUUUUGGCGACUCCUAUACAUAUGUUCAAGGGACAGCCGGACGUCAGAAUUACAGCUUCAUUGGAGACGCCCAGAACUUUGCAUAUCCCCCGGAGACAUUACUGACGGACAAAAUUAUUCAAAACCAGAUUGGCACGUCAGCUGGUGGGCCCAACUGGGUGGAAUAUUUAACGGGUUGUUUCUCUGGCCUGCCCUCAAAAUGCAGGAAGCAGCUGUGGGAUUUCGCGUUCGCCGGAUCUGAUGUCGCCACAGAAUUGACUCCGCUCCAUCACAAUUACACUGUGUCUUUCGAAGAACAGGUUGUUCAGUGGGCUACCUAUGCCAAGCCAGUACUGCCGGUGAAAUUCUCCAAAGCUCUCGUGGCUAUCUGGAUUGGGAUAAAUGACAUCAACGACUCUGCAAAAUACACUUUUCCUCGCAACAAUGCUACUGAUUUCCCGUCAUUUUAUGGCAAAAUCAUGGAAGCUGAGUUUAAUGCCAUCGAGGCCAUAUUUCAUGCGGGAUAUCGGAAUUUCUUGUUUAUGAACCUUCCCCCACUGGAAAGAACCCCUGGUAAUCAAGUCAGUGCCAACCCACUUCCUAGCAGUAUCAUGGUGCAUCAAUACAAUAGUGCUAUCUCCUCGGCUGCCACCGAGUUCGCUACAUCGCAUCCUGGUGCAAAAGCAAUGGUUUUCGAUACGUAUUCGUACCUGUCCAGCAUUUUGGAUAAUCCGUCCAAGUAUGGAAUCAAAAACACGACUUCGUACUGUCCAAGGUACAAUGCACCAGAUAUCGAUACGAAUUAUGCUGCAUAUGGAUGCUUGCCCAUCGAAGAAUAUUUUUGGUAUAACUCUGGGCACAUUACCUGGCCUAUCCACAAGCUUCUCGCGAAGGCCGUUGCGAGAUUUCUCGCAAAAGAGAGCUGCUAAGUGAAGUCCAGCUAGUGAAGAACAUAGGCACGAAAGUAGCCACAGUUAAUAUAUACUUUCUAUCCUAUAGAGUAUUUACUAGUAUGAAGCAAUAUGAAAAAACAUGCGAUCCAUGAGUCAUAUCCGUCGAAUAUAAUCAUGGCACUGAAGAUAUAAGCACAGCUGCCAGUCCACCUCAGUAUCUAUUCUCCAGCAAAGCGGCACUUCACUGCCUAAACAAUAACCCUGGCAUCGUUCACCUCGCGCGUAAAUUCGGAUAUCUUUGCAUCACCAGUAUUCACCUCACCAGAUCUUUCGGUCAACAUGAUUUCUGCGUCGCCGGCAGGUCGCUGUCUCACACCCUUCGGAACAGUGAAGAUCUCUCCUUGGUAUGACACCACGACUUCGUUGCCCUCCUUUCCGUCGACUUUGGUCGUGAGCGAUCCGCUGAGAAUGUAGAAGAACUCGUCUGUGUCCGGAUGGGAGUGCCAAACGAAGUCGCCUUUCGUUCGGGCGAUUUUGGUGUCAUAUUCGUAGUUGACGGUUGCAACGAUAUUGGGGGAGUAUUUCUCUGUGAUCUUGGAGAGGACCACGGGUAUGGAUAGUUUUGACUGCAAUUUUUGAUUAUGUCUCAGCUAUGUCGAAUCGAAUGCUUUUGAGGGAGGACCCCAUAUUCCUGGAUGCUGGUACUGGAUAUUAGCACUGUUUUGGCAUGAUUCAAGGAGAUCAUACGGAACGCGAGCGAAAGAGGAUACUUGCACCGUCGAUUAGACAUAGUAGCAAUCUAGAAUAAGGCGUCUCUGUGUGAACUUCCGAGGGGAAUUUGUUUGUGUUCGUCCGUUCUGAACUUCGAAAGCAAAUUAUGCAAGGGAACUGACCUUGAAGCUGACAUUACGGCAUCCGCCCUGCACUUGACACGUAGAGUGCGACUUGAACAGACCUUGACUUAGCCACGAGACUACAGUCACAAAAAGAAUCGUUCUAUAGUGGGGUUAAGUUUGAAGGAGGUCUAUCGCUCGCAUGUGUCAAUUGUGUAUUGCUAUUCCACGCCCAUACCUACGUGGGGAUAUUUCGCUUGUCAUCCACCUGGCCUCUCCUUACUCCAAAAGCCCUCGACACUACGUUGAUAAAUCUGCUAUUCUGAACUUCUAUUUGGCCAAAACAAAUGAGAAAGUGUGGAUGACUGCAUAGCUCAUGUUUUUCGUGCUGUUUGUGCCGGGAGGGAUGAGAGAUACUGUAAAGAUCCCUAAGU